CCAUCAACAUCAUGUCGCAUAUGGAGAUCUCACGGCUUAUCGCUAACGUGGUGAAACGGAUGCAAGAGGAGGGCGCUCAGGCGGGCAUCAAUCAGCACAGUUUGUUUCACAUGGAGAACCUUUUGAAGCAGAUUGUCACCAAUCAAAACACAAUCACAAUUAACCAAAAUUCUCUACUGAGAAACCAACAAGCAAUCAUACAAAAGGUAGAAAUUUUGAACAACUUGCUCGUGGCUGGCAUCAGCGAGGGUGACGGUCGAAUGUCGGAGAAAGUAACCACGAACAUCAAGAGUAACAUGCACGGUGCUCGAACCAUGGGCUCCCCCCGAUCCGGCAAACGAACCAUCGGAAUGGACGGCACCCUGGCAUUGGUGCAAGCUGCCGAACAUGUCGGCUUGAUUUCUGCUUCGACGAUGUCCCAAACCCUCAACGGUGUCACAACCACCGCCGUGCUUGCCCAGGAAGGUGGUGUGGAUGGCGAGCCUCGGGCCUCCGGUGAUGAAGAGCAGCCGGGGUUUGGUACCCCUCCUCAGGCUGGUCCCGACCUAUCUACCAUUUCCCCCCAGGCCAUAUACCUCACCACUGGAAGCAUGUCCCCAGAGCAGCUCCUGCAUCAGCAAACUAAACCGGGGGAGGUGAACGAAGUUACUUUGGUCCGUUUAAAAGCACGAAGCCAGUCGGUUGGUAACUUUGCCGUGCACCUCGUACGUGAGAUGUUCAAACCGCACGAGCUAGCGGCGAAAAACGUUUCAGGAACUAGAAACAAAGACAAACUCGACCCAGAACGCGUGGCGAAGAUCAGAAAAUACGUGUUCGAGUUAUUUCCCACCACUGAGAUGAUGGAAGAGAAGGUAUGGAGCGAUUGUCGCAAAGCAAUCGACGAAUUUUUGCGACGACCGAACAAGAGGAAGAAUCAAGACAGACUAUCUGGCGAUGCACUCGAUCAGUUUGGGAUAAAAAAGGACAAACUGAACGAUGCACAAGUUAUUGGUCCUCCGUGAGGAAGCAUGAUUAAGCACACUAGAAGAAUAUAUGAAAUAUAUACGAACACGUGCACAAUCAAAUCGUGGUUGGCAACUCCUGCAUGGGAGCUGUCAACAGUCGACUUUCAAGAAAAAUUCUGUUGGAACUUACGGUUGUAUCGCGGUAUCGGCGUAUCGCAUCCCUAAUAACUGUUGGCCGGUGUUUGUGGACAAAGUUCAAGCAUAUAUAUAAACCAACAAACAAUAUUAUGGGGUACAGUACUUUUACAUCCCUAUUAUUGCUGGCCCUUAUUGUAGUGACUGUCACACAUUAGCAGUUUAGAUUUGGUAAAAGACCCAGUUAUAUUAUAGGCGAUUCAGUGCACGAAUUCACCAACGGCAACGAAGUUUUUUAAAACUAUCGCAUCAAUGUCAAUGAACUUAGGAGGCUUCUUGCUUCUUUUUGAAUACACUUUACGCUGCAUUAUAAGUUUUGAGAGCGGUCAAAAUCCGCUCUUUAAUUUAUACAGUUUUAGUAACUUAACUUUUAGUAAGGAAUUAAGCUUUAGCAGUACGUGACUACGAGUUACGACUAUAUCCGUG